GCUGAAGGCAGACGCUUAACUGGCCGAGCCACCCAGGUGCCCCCAUUAAAUUUUUAAUCUUAAUUAAUUUUAAUUAAAUUUAAAACGUGAAGCAACAUGAAAAUAUUUCCACCUUUAAACAUAACUUUAUCAUUUCAGUAGGACUAUAUAUCACUGUAACCGUCGGGUCACAUAAUGGUAUUGUUGUAGUGUUUGUGUACUUUAAACUUUUUUAAUGUAGCCACUAGAAAGCUUAACAUUAACUAUGUGUCUCGCAUUCUAUUCCUAUUGGACAGUGCUUCUCUCAGGCUUCUAGGACCUGACCAUGUAAUUAUCAAGAAUAUGUCUGAUGUGAUGAGGGAAAUAGACUGUAGAGUGUAUUCCCCCAUGAUCCCUUCCUGAUGAUCCUGCCUUUGUUUAAUCCCUUCCCCUGAAGUGUGGGUAGGCCCUGUAACUUUCUAAUAAUCAGCAGACCAUGGAAAGGUGAGAGGAUGUUGCUCCUGUGAUUAUGUUAUGUUAUAUGAGACUCCAUUUUGCUAGCAGACUGAGUUUGGAAGAAGAGCCUUCCUGUCAAGUCUCCAGAUGAGAACUCACCUCUGGGCCAACAUCUUGUGUGCAGCCUUGAUGAGGACCCAGAUAAGCCAUGCCCAGCAUCCUGACCCACAGAAACUGUGAGAUAAUAAAUGUAUAUUGCCUUAAGCCACUAACUGUAGAAAUUCGUUGUUCUUCGGUAACAAAACACAUAGCCUGGGAACAGGGGGGUGGGCAGCGUAGAACAAUAGAAGCCUAGCAGAGAGGGGAUCUACUGGGGAAAGUGAAUCUUAGCCAGUGUACUUCGAGCAUCCUAGCCCUUUAAAUAAGCUGUUCUCCAGGUGGUAAUAAAUAAAGCUUGAGUUCGGGUGAGUUUACCUUCCCUUGUUUUGAUUUUAUGCUCACAGAAAAACGUGUUAAUUAUUACAUGCUCCCCGUGUGUAGGUCCACUUCAGGGAGAGGAAGUCCAUGUCCAUCUGACUUGCGCUCUCCGUAGAUCCAGCUUGCUCUGUAGAGCAGUUUCACUGCCACCAGCUCCUGCCUUUCUGCCCAUCAACACCAUACGACCACAGGAAACAAACCCCAGAUAUGCCAGAACAUUCCUGGCUGUCUGUACAUUUUGUUUCACAGAUCCUACACUGAAAACAAUGAACAAACCUUGAGAUUACAAAUGAUCUUACUAACAAUUUAAGAGACUUUGAAUUUUUGACUUCCUGCCUGCAGGAAGGAAAUGACAGUUGGAAGUGUGGAGAACAGGUGUUACCCCGGACAGCAUGAUAUCUUCUGCUUACUAAAAUAAAAAACACUGCAUCAACAUUCCUACGUGGAAGUGAGUUCUAACCACAAGACUCAGUCUUUCCACCACGGACCCAGCUCCAGAAAACCAGAUCUGUUUCCUACCAGGAAGUUGUUAAACCCAGCAUUAAAGAGCAGAGUAAGGGGCAGAGUUCUUUGCAGCAGUUUUGGAUGAAUCCAAGUAAAGAAUUUGGGGGUGUGAAAAUGUCUCCCUCCAUGUCCUUCCAGUUACUGGCAGUGCAAUUGCAUGGCGGACUCGUCAGGGGACUUAGAAGGGGAAAGAAUCAGGAUUGGCAUAAACUGGUCUCAGCUGAAGGGUAGGUGAUUUCAAACCCUCUCUCAUCUCCGUUUGUCUUUGUCUCCAAGUUAGGGGUCUAGCAUUAUUUCCUCCCAGUAGCUUAAUGUUGCCAUAAUGACUUUUUUUUUUUUUUUUUUUUGCCGAGCUAUCUUGUUGCUCUAUCGCUGGUGAAGAGACCUACCUUGCCUCCCAAUCUGUUAUGGAAAUUUUAGACAAAUACUUACUUGAGAAGAGCAGAGGAUUCUGAAAUAAUUGAAGGUUGUGCCUUGGUCCAGACACAUACCAGCCAGUCCUCUGUAGCUUCCUUUGUUAAUGGUUCAAGUCCAUUAUGGAAUAUGCAUUUUUGAGGGCAUAUGGAUUAGAAAAGGUUGGGAAAGAUAUUGCAACACUGGGACCUAAGUCUUUGUGAAUGCUUGCAAAGAAGCAUGGUCUUUUCCUAACAUGCAUCUUGAGAUGGAGGAACUGCAGUCCCCAGGGGCUUUGUUUUCUCUCUUCCCUAGAGACUUUAUGGCGUCAUGGCUGUGGAAGAAGGAGACCCCAGGGCUGUAAUUGGGACCACACAAGGAAGUUGAAACUCGUAGGCUGAGUGGACAGGUAUUGGGACAUUGUAUUGGGACAUUGUAUUGGGACAGGUAAUGCAUGAUUUCUCCUUCUGAAAGAUCCGUGUGAGAGCCAGGAUGCCCUUGGAAUAAAAGAUGAGUUAGCAUUAUCAAAGCUUGGCACGUUCCCCUUACUGCCCACCACUUCUCUUACCCUUCAUCUCCAUCCAUUCCUUCUACAAGAUCUUUCCAGGGCCUGUUAUGAGAUAGGCACUGCGCUGAGCUAUGAUGACACAAAGAUGAAGGCAAGUGUUCUCCGCCUUCAGAGAUCUUCCAGCUUUGUAGAGGACCCAGUGUGCAAACAGUAUAGGGAGACAAGUGCUACGGUAAAAGUGUGAAUGAAUCCAGAAGGAUUCAGAAGGUGUUUUGACUGAGGAGGAAAUGCUUGCUUCUGUUUGGAGAAGGAGAGUAAGGAAGGAUUUCAGAGGGGAGGAAGCUCUUAGAGUGGUGUGUGCAGGAGGAAGGCUGUGCUUUUGCCACUCUCAUGUGAGAUCAGAAGAAGGCAAUAAAAUUCUGCCCACACUGCCCAGUUGGCAAGCAGUUAUUCAGGGAUCUCCCCAUCUUCUGCUUGCCUCGUAGCUAUUUCAUUGCUCUUUAGUGCUGCCAUUUAAGGAAUAAGUGGAAGUGGAAUUUAUUUAUGUUGCUUUUGCUGAGAAGUUAGGGAAAACAAACUGGUGGGGGAAAGAUUUAAAAAAAUAGAGCACAAAAUUUUUAUUAAGCCAGAAUUGCUUUGUUUAAUUGAUUGUUACUAAUCUGAAAGUAUUUCCUAAUUUUUAUGCUGGUGAAAUAUUAUAGCUAUGCAAAUAUUAACAAAUCAAAAGUGAAAACCCCUCCACCCCCCCUCACCCAUUUCCCAGGGACAGCACUGUUAGUUUGACGAGUAUAUUUCUGGAUUUUUAAUUUAUGCUUAAAUCCACAACUAUGAUAUUUUAAAACAAAAAUGAGAUCGUGCUGUUCACAUUGUUAUACAUAGCAUCUGCAACUUACUUCUCUCUCCUUACCCUCUCCUAACUCACUACAUCAUGAACAGUCUUAGAACUAAUUUUCAAAGAAAAUGUCAUUAUAUGACACAGAGAAGGUUGCUUUGAGUCAAUAGAAAAAUCAAUUUGGCCAAAACUCACCUCCUUCAAGAAGCCCUCUCUGAGCAACUCUACUUUGAUUUUUUUAAUUCCUUUCUUCUGAAUUAUCCAGUAGGCUUACCUAUUGUUUUUGUAUAAUAUUUGGCCCCUGCUCAUAAACAUAUUCCUUUCUUACACUAAAGCCCUUUUGGUUGCCAAGAUCAAAGAGCCCAUUUUGUAAGAAUACACGUAAACUGGAACAUUCAAGAACUGAGGGACUGGCAUUUCUUGGCGUGCUUGCCUCUCCCUGUUAAUCUCUUCCAGUCUUCUUGCUCUCUGUGUUGCCCUCUUUGUCCUCUUCUGUUCCCUCGGCUUCCAUUCGUUCACUCAGCAAAUAAGCACAUAAGCAACAUGCCAGGGGAUUCCAGCACAUACAGUUUAGUUUGCUUUAAUCCUGACUCCAAAUCAUGGCCUCCUUUAAUUCCACUUACCAAAUUCUCCCUGUGUUUCUUGGUUCAAACUUCUGAGCUGGAGCACAUGGCCCAGUUUACGGAGGGACGUUCUGUUCCUAACCAGAAUGUAAGUCGGGAGGGCUGUGUCUCUAGCAUGAUCUGCUCAUAGAAAGUGUUCAUAAACUAUGUUAACACAGGCGCUCUUUCCCUUACAUGAAGGUGGGCUUGUUGUGGGUAGCAGGCAAGAAUCACAACCUCCCUCCUGUUCAGAGAAAGCACAGCUAGUUAUCAGAGCAUUCCGUGGCAUAGAAAACAGCAGGUCACAUCACAAAAACAUUGUCUUUGAAGGUAAAGGUGAGAGAGAUUAGGAACUGGAGGAAAAUUAUAUGUGAGAAAUAUAAAACGAGUACCAUUUUUAAAUUCCCAUACAUGGAAAAAAAUUCAUUUAAAAUGUAUUUAAAAUGGAAUUAAAGACCUAGACAGAGUCCUUUUGCUUGGAGCCAGGCAGUUUUAUUCAACAACUGUCUUCAAAUGCCCAGGUCACAAUUCUUACUAACACACAAAAUUUGUAGAUGAAAUUAUAAUACAACGUAGCACUGAUGCCUCAAGACAGGGGCUAGAAGGUUAGAGUCUAAUUUGUAUCUAGUCUCUCUUAAAUAGAAAGUUUUGUCAGGGACGAUACAGAGAAUCAGUGACAAUUACAUGAUACUAGAAAUAGUUGGUAACAGAAAUGCAGCUCGCGUGGUUUUUCUACCCUGUCCUUUCAUGUUCUUGGUACCAGUCUUCCAGGUCUCUUUGUUCAUUUGAGAGGACUUCUGCUAAACAUCUGCAGAUUGGAAAUUCAAGUUCAAAUAAAAUAGAUAGCUUGAGGAACUGGCUGACUAAUUGUGUUGCAGUGGGAGGGCAGGAGGCGGUAAUCCUCAGAGCCAACACCAGAAUCCUAGGUGCACCAGGGAACCAGGCAGUGCAGGGCCCCUUCUUCAAAGGGCCUGCCUGGGGAGAGAGGAACCCAGAGAAAUACUGGUGUGCCUCAGGCUGCCAGCAGGCACAGGGGAAGCCAUCUAAAGAAGCAAGCAUGUGGAAGGGAUCAGAAUCAGUGCUCCCCUCAUCGCUUUUUCUUUAUCAGUUGCAGCCAAGUUUCUCCCUCCUCCCCAGGUGGCUCUGUGGCUCCCCGCUGACUUCUCCACCUCCAGGUUAACACGGCUCCUGUCCUUCCUCCUCACCAGCACUCAUUCCUCUUUCCAAAUGAUCAAGUAAGUGGCUCUUAUGUCUGGAAAACUGCUUUUUUGCUGCCACACCCACACACACACACACACUGCCUCACCCCACCCCACACCCAAAUCCUUCACGGAAUAUUUACAUUCUGACCCCAGCCAAUUCUCCUAACAUCACCUGUCCCUACAUCCUGCCAUGCGACACCAGGUUCUCAUAACCGCUCCAGCCUCCUGGCUGCUUUUUUUGUGUCUGGAAUGUCACCGACACCCCAAAACCUGCCAUCUGUCCUCAUCCUUAUCUUUCCCUCCCCUUGCCACAGCCCAAAGAGGAAGUUCUCUGUGUUACCAUAGCACUUAGGUUGUACUUCUGACCUCAGUGAUUUUUGUUGUUCACAGGUUUGUUUUCUCUAUUGGACUUUGAGCGUUUUUAGGGCAGAAGUUGUCUGUCUGUCCACUUUCACUCCCCAGCACCUGGCAAAGGCAGAGUGCUCAUUGCAGCUGCUCACAAGUAGUUUCUGAAGGAAGGAUAUUCGUGGAGACAGUUGUUGUCUUUUAAAUAGUUGAUAUGCUUUUGGUCUAGAUAGAGACAGCUCUUAAUAUGUCAAUCCUGAUGACAGGUUUCCAACAUAUGUUGGUUUCCUCACCAGCAAAAUAAAAAUGUUAAUCUGGGUUACAUAACAAUUAACAUGUAAGAACAAAUAGUUCAAGUACCAGGAAGAAAUUUGGUUAGGAGGUUGGCAGUGUGAAUCUAAACUCCCUUCUCAAGCCCUUUGAAGAAAAGCGAGGGGUAGUCUUCCAUGAUGAAGACCCAGGUUUUGGGUAUCACUUUUUGCCUGGAUUUGCUUAGAUAUAAAAAUUUGGGAUUGGAUUCCAGCUCUUCUUCUCCUUGAAUUUUAAAAUUAUAUGAUUCCAGUGGUUCUACUUGACAAAUGUUAAAUAUUUCAUAAUGUUUUGUGUGUGCUCAAAUUGGCAAUCCAAGCUACAGUGAAAGACCUGCUUUUUACCAGUGCUGCAAAGCAUAUUCAGAAAUUCAUUUGACUUUGAAUAAUGGACGUGCAAACACAUUAAGUCAUCAUUUCCACAACUGUUCUGUUUCUUUAAGAGACCUUGCUUGUUAAGUCGGAAGAUCAUUGAACCAUAUGAGGGUCAAUAAAAGAAUAAAAAGUCACUGGUUAGUGAUUUCAGUACAAGGAACUUGAUCCUAGUUCAGUAUCGGUGUCCAUAUGCUGCUCACAACCAAAGGGGGAGUGUUUGAUCCUCAGCAGCUUGCCUCUUCUCAGGAUGGCGUCUGGAAGACUCAUCAAGCUCCUGGUUUUUGAGCUUCUUGAAUUUGCAGCUUUCUCCACCCCCACACUCGUGAUUAUAGAACAGUUUGCCACUGCCUAUCAAAGAGUCGCAGGCAACCCUGAGAAAACGCAUUAUUGGCUGAUUGUUUCCUGUUCCAUCGCGUAUGUGGCUUUAGCGACUCUACUGAUUUGGGUUCCCAUAAAAGUUCUCUUAUACAAGAAGCAUAGCCUUAACGAAAAAAUUAAAGGAUGGAGACCUGUUGUGAUGAUGUGUGUUGUACUCACCACACUUCCCAGCUUCAGCUUUUCUAUCGCAGUGACCGAGGUUCAAAAAAGUAUUAACGGUUCUGCGGAUAUCUUGCCUGAUAAGUUACCAGAUCUGCCAGUUUCUCUGGUUCUGACUUCCUUGAUUGUGGUUGAUAUUAUUGAAAAACUCAGGAUAUAUCCUCUUAGAGGGCGGCUAAAGAGUAACGACGAUACGCACAUUCAUAAAACUAAUUUGCAGCAAAUGAAAACCGUGACGGACCAAGUGAAGCAAAAUGAAGAAAAUACUUCACCUCCCCAUCCGGCCGGGAGGACUGAGUUGUCACUGCCGUCAGCAGCAAGGACACCGAACCCCGGUCCAGUGAUGGCGAGACCCCAAGAGCCCUCCUUUCACUCAGGAGUCCUGAGAACAAUGUCCCAGCAGGACGAUCGUGCCCAGAUCUUCCUCUGGAGCUUUCUGCUGUGGUCCGACACCAUAGAGAUGGUGCGCGUAGCUGGCCACUCUGCCGUGUAUAAGUCAGGCUGGGUGUACCCAGUCUACAUAUUCAGUUUUAUUUCUCUCCUUCGAAUUAUAUUAACUCCUCAGAACCCUCUUCUGAAUUCCCUGGGCAUCCUUCUCCAGGAUUUCCCCUUUAUUUUUGUUAGAAUAAGUUUAAUCAUUGCCCUGGGAACUAUCACACCUGUAUUGGGCCUUUGUAAAAACGUAUUGGUGACUCUCUCUUAUGUGUACUUCAAUCACUUAAUCAAAUUCAGGGCUUUCUCUAUCUUUGAAACGUCUUCAUUUUAAAGAGAAAAUGUAAUAUAGUCAAACCUCUUCAUUAUGCAGGUGUACACAUUUGUAUUUUUUUUUUCUGGGCCUAAGUUUUUGUACUAUAUAAAGAAAUGAGGAAUACAUUGUAAAGAAUACACUAUUUUUAAUAACUGUAGUGGAUCACUUUUUUAAAAAUGUACUGAAAUGAUGGUAAAUUUAAGCAAAGUUUUAUUCUUAUGUUAACUCCCCUGGAUCUCUAGAAAAUGUCAGCCAUUUUAGUUAGUUAUGUAUACCACACUUUUCCUCAAAACACUCUCUGUUAAAGCCUUAAAAAAAAUUAAAACAUGUUUUCCCACUAAGUCAGCCCAAGAAUGAGAUUCUUAUCAUUUAUAUAAAUUAAAGAACAUUGUAAGAAUUAAUUAGGUAGAACUAUUUUUUAGAAAAUAUACCUGAAAUUCUUGAAUAAUUUUUAGAUUAUACUUUUUAACAAUUUGAAUUGUAGUUUUAGGGUCUUCUUCAAACAUGGUAUUAUGUUCUUUAAUCCACUAUGGCAAGUGACUUUUAUGUAAUUGACUGAUUUCAGCAUAAACAGCUAUUUAGUUUAACAGAUGUUUGGUUCAGUUCAAGGCACAACUCUUUUGCUAGUACUGAAGUACUAAUAUAAAUACUGUUUAACAUAAUGAAGUCUGGGUACAUCAGUAAUACCUAGGAAAAGUUUUAUAAUAGGAAGAAACCAUACAUUGAAGAUGUGAAUUUCAAAGAAUAUUUUGUUUGUGGAAUUUCAGGCCAUCCUAAAAACAGUCUCAAGUCCCGUUUAGAAUUAGAAGUUCAGCUUAUGAAUAUAACAGCAAAUGCAUUGGUGUUUUACCUGAUAAUAUAUAAUGAAUAUCUUGAUGUUAAGUGAUUAGUUACAUAAUUACCAAAUUUGCUUUCACCAUAUUGGGAUGCUCUUGGAUAUUCAGCUGCUAGAAAAACUUGAGAGGCAUAUGCGUGCAGAGUAAUGUGUUAAACUAGCGAGUCUUUUCAAUGAUCUGUGGCAACAAAUAGUUUAAGGAUGGAUAACUGAACUUGCAUGCCACCCCUACUUUCCACCAAAUUCCCCAGUCUCACUGGCCCCCUAUGCUUUAUGGUUUUUCCUCACAAUGUAAGAAAAAAUCUAUUCACAGUUAUUAAAAGCUUAGCUUCUGGCUUUAUGGCUUGGAGCAAGUUCUUUGACCACGAUAAGCCCUAGUUUCCACAUUUAAAACAGGAGACAAAUAACAGUAACUUAAUAGGUUAGAAUUGUACUUUAAGGGAGUUGAGAGGAUUACAUGAGAUAGGAAAUGCUCUCAUGACUUUGUCUGGCAAACAAUAAUAACCAGAUAAAUUAUAAAUAUUUCAAAUGUACCAAAUCCCAGAGAAACAAGUAGCUAAAUGCAUUGUUUUAAUUUUCCUGUCUCAUUCUUUGCUGCAUCCCUGCUUACUGUCUGGGAAUAAAAAUUUUACCUGUGCAUCUGUGAAAAAUAAUAUGUAAAAUCUUAAGAUCACCUCAGAUUAUAAUUUUUCAUCAAGUAAUAUUAGUUUCAAAAUGAGCAAAUAUACAGAUUAAAGUUGCUGUGACUAUUGAUUCAUCAGGCAUUUGACCGUCCCUCCUGAGUUUUCAUAAACCCUAAUUAUAGCACUCUGUUAAGAUUUUCAUUAUGAAUUUACUUUUUUGAGUUCCCCAUUAAUGUUUAAAUCCUUAAUCUUGUUUAACAAUGCAUCUCUCACCUCAUCUGUUAAUCCAACAGGAAUUUAUAGUACUUGUAACUCUUAAAAAAUGAGAAUUCAAAUCAUUUCUUCCAAAUUAUGCUAUGAUAAUCUCUUUUAAUUAAGGAAAACCUAUGGUGAAGUAGUUGAUUUGUAAUAUUCUUAAGUAUGAAAAUAUUUUUACAUAUAUUUAUAUUUAUCUUUAUAUUGGAAUUUAUAGAGUGAACAGUGCUCACACUCUUAAGUAUUACUUAUUUGCGUUUAGAAUGCAUUUUGUGUCUAAUAUUUGAAUACGGAUGUACCUGAUAUAUUGGGAAGUCACACUUUAUACAAAUAGUGUAGUCAUGUACAUGUAGGAGGAAAAUUAUUGGGCAACUAAUUUAAUUUAACAUUUUAUUUCAAGAGUAUACACGUGUUUAUAAAGUUCAAGUCUAUGGGUUUUUUUUCACUUCCAUGCUUUUCAGUAUUUUGUUUAAUUAAAAAUUUUUUAAACCGAAGAACAGUUGACAUACAAUAUUAAUUUUAGGUGUAUAACAUAGUAAUUUGAUAUUUACAUACAUUACAGAAUGAUCACUCUAAUGAGUCUAGUUACCAUCUCUCACUAUACAUAGUACUUACAAUAUUAUUGACUACAUUCCCUAUGCUGUACUUUAUAUCCCCAUGACUUAUUUAUUUUAUACCUGGCAAUUUGUACCUCUUAAUCCCCUUCAC